ACGUGGCAGUUGGAAUUGCAGGAAGAGAUAAUGGAAACAACACACACCGAAAGUAUUUGAAUUUUAUGUUGUUUUAUUAUGGGACGACAAUGCUGUUGGUGGCAUUUUUUGGCAUUGAUUGUGUUGAAGAAGCACAGAGAUUGGUUAUUUUCAGGUAG